UUUUCCCGCGUUUCUAGGACCUCUCCAUUGCCGUCUAGUGAUGAGCUUUGUCCAUUCACGGCCGCUAUCUCCUUGACUGCAUUGUUCGUUCUCUCGUCACAUUGACAUGAAAAUGGCGUUCCUGUAAACAACUCUGGGGAUUACCUCGCUCAGAGUUUAUCAUCAUUCCAAGAAUUCUCGACAAUUUCCGAUUGCUUAUUCUUAUUUCUUUGAGAGUGCCACAAAUAUCGGGAAGUUGACCCAAAGAGUAUUCACUGAUACAAUGGGAAAAACUUGAACAUCGGACGCAUUAACCUCAAGUGUGUACGUAUUGUCAAGCGAUUUUCGGAGCCAUAUUAGGGACUUUGACGCGAACGAAAAGAAAUCACUUAUUUCGUAUUGAAUGAAAUGAAUGACACAGUUUGUGGGAACAAUGGUAGAUACACGAUUCAAGUGUCAUGAGAGGGAGAUUCCUCAUGCUGAAUGAUGAUUCUCAUUACCCGGGACCCUCAAGGAUUCGGUGUACAUUGCACAGAUAAAUAGAAGUAAGAAAAGAAAAGAAAAAUGCCUAGGAAGGAUCGUUCCAGAAGUGACCGGGCUCCUGGCUCCGAGGCCACCUGUGUCUUCUGCAGUUCGUCAGAGGACAACGAGCUAAAGUAUGGAAAGAUUCACAAGUACAAUGGUAUCACCACUCACUAUUACUGCCUCUUACUGUCAUCCAAUAUGCAGCAAAAGGGCGGCGAUGACGAAGGAAUUCUCGGAUUUUUAACUCUAGAUAUACUAAAUGAAUUGAAAAGAGGAAAAAGACUGUCUUGCUCCUACUGCAAGAAGAUCGGUGCCACUCUAGGAUGUUGUAACACGAAAUGUAAAAAGAUAUUCCACUUGCCCUGUGGGUUAAAAUCAGGUUCACUGCAUCAAUUCUUUGGUGAAUUUCGUUCGUACUGCGUCAAUCAUCGACCGAAGCAGAAGAUCGACGAGAAGAUCAAGGCACAAAUUUCGGAUCAAUUGCUCUGCUACAUCUGCUAUGACAAUGUCGACCGAAAUAAUUUAUUUGAGACCCUGUGGGCACCCUGCUGCAAGAAAAACGCUUGGUUCCAUCGACUCUGUGUGCAGCAGCUCGCCAUGAGUGCUGGAUACUUCUUCAAAUGUCCACUCUGCAAUAAUAAGAAAGAAUUCCAGAAAGCCAUGCUCGAUAAUGGAAUAUUCAUUCCAUGUCAGGACGCCUCGUGGGAACUGGUCCCCAAUGCCUUUCAGGAAUUGCUGUACAGGCACAACCGAUGCGACGCGAGCCAAUGCAUCUGCUCCAAGGGCAGACGAUACACAAGUUCGAAUCCCAAGUGGGAGUUGAUCCUCUGUCGCACGUGUGGCUCUCAGGGUAUUCACGUGGCCUGUGGCAGAUUGAAAUGGGGAAAUGCCACGUGGGACUGCCGAGAAUGCACCUCGAUACUCACAAAGACCGCUCAGGAGAACUCGGAGGAAUCGAGAAUGUCGGACAAUUCAACUCCCUCUCUGAAUCCAUCAACCAAAGAUGAUUCUUGUCACUCUGACAGCGAUGGCUCGGACUCUGAUAUCUCGGUUGGUGUGGAGGAGCCUGUUUAUGGACCGACUCCUUGGCCAGCAAAUCCUGAUACCCCACCUCAGACUGCCAUACGACCUGGGCCCAGAUCAUUUAAAUUGAAACAGGAGAAGAUGUUGAGGGCAACCUGCGACGUCAGUUCUGAAGGGACGAGUAGUGAAGCGUCUAGCCCACAUUCAGAGUCAUCCCGGGGAUUAUUUGGAGAGAAUCGUCGAGGAAGAACUACCGCAGACUCUUCAUCUUCCACAAUUGAUCGAGUGAACCAGGGAACUUCUCGAACACCUUCAUCAUCCAUUGCAAGCUCUCAGCCGACCCCCAAGACACUACCAGGGAGGUCCAAUUCUCCCGAGGAACUCGUCAUCAUCGAUAGUGACGAGGAAUCUUUCCCAGAGAAAUCAGCACCUCCAAUCUCCAACAUCACGGAGGACGUGCUGAUGACGAACAAUGAAAUCAACAUUCCAAUUCAUCAUGUUCCCUCUUCGUUACCAAACGGUCUGAGGAUACUUGGGGAUACUCGACCACCAACCCCGCGAGCAAACCUACCAGUUAUCGAGGCUACUUAUAUAUCUGCAGAUAUACUGGGUAAUCAAUCGAUUGGUCACAUCGCAGUUGGACCCUCGCACGAUCCGGUGAUCCUUGGAAACAUCCAGAUGCCCACUCAGCUUCCACCACUACCAUCUGCAAUAUCCUUCACUAAUCAAGCUAUAUUCCGACCGCAAGAACAACUAUAUCCAGUUGCUCCCAUUUAUCCAAAUGCUGAUCACGUCCCUGAGAGUCCUGUGAUGAACAUACAAAUUACCAACGUCACUUCAUUACCACUCGAGGAAUUUGCUGGGGAAUCAGAAGCCCAGAAUGUGCCAGUUUCAUCGACAUUGGAUACUACUCCAGAGGUGGUUGAUGUGGAGUCCGAUAAUGAGGAGAUCAAUUAUCAUCUUUCAAUGGCUCAGCAGCUGAGGCAAGCGAAUUUCAAUGUUGCCAAUCAACAGAUGAAUCGUGAAAAAAGGCCAGCACCGGUGAUGCCAGUGCAGCAGAAUGCAGUUGAUCCCAACAAUUCAGUGCCCAACGUGGUAUCAGCAGAUCCGAAGAGGCCGAGGACAGACUGCCCCCUCGAAGUACCUCAAAUCACUACCGACGAGCCGACUGAUUCGUCUGAUAAUCCCUAUGGUCGCGGAGUUUCCUUGGAAAAUGCAGCGAUAGUGAAAGUCAUGGGGAAGGAAUUUGUUCUUCCAUUGGCAGACGAGGCCCGGGUUAAAGUCAACAGCACCUGGCAACCUGAGUACGACGGGGAUGCAGGCACCAAACCUGCAGACGAGACCCCAGAGCCAAUCACCCGAUGUCGAAGUCAUCGAAUCUACUCCAUGGAGAUACCAUCCAGAGGGACAGGAGCUGAAAGCUGUUACGAAUCAAAAUCAGCCAGUGGGGAUGCAAUUGCAGAAUCUGAUGCAGCAUCAAUCAACACAAGGGCCGGUAUUACAACAGCCUCAGAUCAUUCAAAUCGACUGAAAUUACUCAAUUCAAUUUCAUUGAAGGACUUGAAAUUUCGUGUUUGUGAAAAUAACACUUUGAAGAUGACCGUUAAUGAUGUAUUUACAAUGAACCUGGAUCUCGACACAGGACAGAAGCGCAGGCCCGGACCUAAAUCUGCAGUUGAACGCUGGAGGCGCAAUGGAUCUUCGCUGGUACGUCGAUCCUCAUCAACGUAUUAUGAGAGCAGAAUCAAAUUGGAAAUGAAUUGCACAAAGAGUCCAACGAGAGAGACAACUUUAGCCAUGAACAUAUCUAAAUUGUUCAAGUCCCCCGAACGUCGAAAAGUGAAUGCUCUGAAAGAGAAUUUGGCACCACUGGUGGCUGAGACGAACACCGUGAGCUAUUCCCCGAGUCCUGAGAGGAAGGUCAAACGUGUACGACUUGAUAACGAUGGUGCCAUACACUAUGAUUCACGUCAACGACAGGUGAAAUGUCUCGCGAAUCUUUUGAACGAACAAGAUCAUGCAGGGACCAGCAGAGAUGAUCUCAAGCUCUCUCACUCAUUAAUUGAUCAGACGAGUAAAUCUCUCAACAGGCACAAAUCCAGAGGUACAUUUGGAGUCAAUUCACCAGUUAAUGAAGAUAAAGAGGGUUUCCCUGUGAGCAUAGAAUUGAGUAGGAUACAGCCUCUCCUAUUGUCGAAGUCGGCACUGUUCGAGGGGAAUGACGAAUUAUUGGCACGAGGAUUAGUCAAAUUUCAUAGCAUAAGCGACUUGAGGUGUUAUCCAUCUAUUGAGAAUCAUUCUAAGGGAAUACUUAGGCGAAGUAGAAGUUUGAACAGUUUGUUGCUGUCGAGUGGUUCAGAAAUUUUUGAUAUUAAUGUUAAUGAUAAUCGCAUCAAUCUCCAAAGACGAGGGAAAAAAAGAAAGGCUCGAUCAUUUGAGAAGCACAAUUGUAUGAGAUAACUUUGCGAAUGCCUCGAUCAAAUCAAUUUCAUUUGACCGGAUCAGUUUGAAUUCAUAAUUGAACUAAAACAUUAUGGUAUAUUUAUGUAGCAAAACAUAUAUUUUGUUCGUGUACUGGCCAAAGUUGCAAUGUUUAUGCUGUAUAUUUUGUCAACGUAAUGGCUGACCUUAUCAAUUGAACACUUAUGGCUACAAUAAAAUAUUUUUAUUUAAA